GGAUUCCUCGUUCAAAAUGGUGGUGCUCUCCGCUGCCCUGUUGACCAGAAAUGGCAAAGUGCUCGUGGCGCGCCAGUUCGUGGAGAUCACCCGCAUCCGACUCGAGGGUCUGCUAGCAGCCUUCCCUAAGCUGCUAUCAAGCGGCUCCCGUGAGCACACGUUUAUUGACACGGAGAGUGUGCGCUACGUGUAUCAACCCUUGGAGAGUUUCUUCGUGCUCAUCAUCACCAACAAGACCAGCAACAUCGUAGAGGAUCUGCACACGAUCCAAGUUCUAGCCAAACUCGUGCCUGACAUCUGCGCGCCGUUGAGCGAGACGUCCAUCCGUGACAAGCAGUUUGAGCUUGUCUUUGGCUUCGACGAGCUCAUCACGGCCGGUGGCCACUCGGAGAACAUCAACGUGUCGCAGAUCCGCGUCAAUAUGGAGAUGGAGAGUCAUGAGGAGAAGCUGCACAACAUGAUCCUCGAGAGUAAGCGCGCGGCUGCCAAGGACGACAUGAAGCGCCACACGGCGCGUAUUAAGGAGGAGCAGCGUGAACGCGCGCGUCUGGAGCGUUCCGGGCUGGGCGGCAGUGGCUUCGGAUCGCAGAAUUCGUUCGGCAGCUCGUUCAGCAACGCGUUCAAGUCGCCACGUAGCGGUGGCAGCAGUGACAGCUUCAUGAACAGUCCCAGAUCUCCACCUGCGACGUCUCCGACGUCCUACAACACUCGACCUGAGCCGGUGGUGUCCAAGGCUGCUGGGAUGGGUCUGGGCGGCGGUGGCAAGUCGUUUAUGGACGCUAUGGCCGCUGAGGACGGCUUGAAGGAGAUUCCGCCAAUGAGCGCAGCUGUGGAGCCUGUGCAGAAGCCUGAAGUGGCUGCUGCAGUCAGUCACGACCCCAUUGGAGCUGUGGUUGAAGAGAAGAUGACGGUCGUAUUGACACGUGAUGGUGCACUAGAGCAACUGGAGGUUAAGGGCAGUAUGUACGUGUCGGUGAACGAUCCGAGCGCUGGCUGUUGCCGUCUCAAGCUGCGUACAGGAGGUGCGGAAGGUAUUUCGUUCCAGACGCACCCCAAGGUGGACAAGCGACUGUAUGACAGCGAGUCAGUGCUCGCUCUACGGGAUCCGACCAAGCCGUUCCCGACGUCUCGUGUGGCGUUCUUGCGGUGGAGCUUGAAGACACAGGACGAGUCGAUGCUGCCACUGAACAUUACGUGCUGGCCGGAGGAAGAAGGCAACGGCAAGAUGAAUGUCAGUGUCGAGUAUUCCUUGGAUCGCGACAUGAUGCUGGACAAUGUGAACGUUGUGAUCCCGCUCGGAGGCUCUGACGCGCCUAGUGUGGCAAACGUGGACGGACAAUACCAGCACAACUCGGCUGAAGGCGUGCUCCUUUGGCAUCAGGACCAGAUCAGCUCUGCCAACAACUCAGGCACGUUGGAGUUUUCGAUUCGUGGCAACAACAUGGACGCGUUCUUCCCCAUCUCCGUCUCGUUCUUUUCACGCAGCGUGUAUAGCGACGUGCAGGUGGAGGCUGUUCAGAAGGUCGAGGACGGCUCGCCCAUUGCCUUUGGGUUCGAAAAACUGCUCUCCACGGACUCGUACCAGAUUGUUUAGCUAGAAGACCGGCACGCGUGUGGCUGCUGGGUGGACAGGCAGUCUUCUCUUUAUCUCAACACGUAGGUUGACCGCGCUGCUUGUCCUCGUCGUGGCCUUAAAACCCAGAAACAGAUACGAAAUCAAAGCCA